UUUAUGCGUCAUCACUAAAGACCUUUCGUGUCUGCCCCUCGUGUCAUAACAUGUCGCCUUUCAACUGAGCAGUGUGGCAAUGACAGCCCAGUUCUAGCUGAAUUAAACGUGUGAGUCGGGUAUUACUUAGCUGCAGCCAUGCCUCGGUACGAGCUGGCCCUGAUCCUGAAACAGAUGCAGCGGCCGGAGACGGCGGCAGCUCUGCGAAGGACGGUGGAGACGUUAAUGGAGCGGGGCGCCUUGGUGAGAGACCUGGAGAACUUGGGAGAAAGACAGCUGCCCUACAGAAUGACCAAACACAACCAGAGGCACAGCCGAGGGACUUACUUUCUGGUGGAUUUCUACGCAGCUCCCAGCAUGCUCGCUGGCGUACUGGAUCACCUGCACCGUGAUGUGGACGUUGUGAGGCCCACUGUGCUGAAGAAAGACGCCCAGGUCCCCAACAGUAACUGCUGCGGACCCCAGAAGUGAUUAAAUGUUCCUACAGAUCACAUGCAGAAGAUGACUCAUGUGACACUUCCUUCUUUCACCUAUUUCAUUAGCUGCAUGCAUCGACUUGGAUGUAAUAUCAUAUGUGAUAAUAAAAUACUUUUUUCUAUCCA